AUGAUGAUCGCCUCUCGUGCACUAAGCGGCGCUCUUAGCGGGAAUGUUGCUGUCAUUAAAAGCGCACUCGCGGAGAUCACGGAUGAAACGAACCAAGGUGCAGCGUUUGCUUACUUGCCGCUUUGUUGGUCCAUAGGGUCUCUCAUAGCACCGACACUCGGCGGCUUCUUAUCCCAUCCGGCCGAGCGCUAUCCAUCGGCAUUUGAUUACGAACUUCUACGACAGUACCCGUUUCUACUACCAUGCAUUGUUGGCUCUGGAUUGUCAACAAUUGGACUCAUUGCUGGGAUAUUCUUUUUCGAAGAAACCCUCAUCAAAGCCAAACGUCCUUCAAGAUCAUCAAUACUGUCAGCCGAGUACCGACCAAUACCACGAGAAGUACCACGCGAAAUCGAAGCUCGAUUUUCCAAUGACAGCAGCUCAACACCUCAUCAAAUCGAUGAACCAAUUCCUUCGAUGCGUGAUAUCCUAACAAGCACUGCUGUGCGGAGGGUGCUUGUUUCAUACGCAUUCAUGGCUUUAAUAUCAGUAUCACUUAACGCGGUGUGUGUACUAUGGUUGUAUACACCCGCAAAGCUUGGCGGGAUUGGCUUUACCACAUCAGAGAUUGGCAUCACGCUUGCUGCUUCUGGACUAUUGACUACAAUAGUCGCAAUAAUAGUCUUCCCGCCCAUUGAGCGCUGGGUCGGAGUAGUAACUCUUUACAAAUUUGGGAUGGCAAUGCAGGUUGUGAGCGUAAUCACGUUUCCGCUCGCUCAUGCGAUGGCUCUUGCUGCAGGAAAGAAGGGAGUUGUUUUUGUGUGCAACAUGCUCUUGGUUAAUCGCUCCGCACCCAAUCGUCGUUCCUUAGGAGUAGUUAAUGGCCUGGCUCAAAUGGUUGCGAGUGCAUCCCGCGCACUUGGCCCUGCUGCCGCUACCACCCUAUUUGCCAUUUCGCUUACUCCGCUUUCGACCGCAUCUACUGAGGAUAGCUCGCACGUUGUUGGCUCUGAUCGAUCUAUGUCUCCCAAUACCGCUAUAGAAAAGCCCUCGGAUACUUGGGCCGCAAUCAGGGCCCUUCUUACGAUCCUCGAGUCGAGUACUGAUGCGUUCGGUCCACUCAAGUCAGCGAUUAGCGGACUCAAGGGGCUUCUGGACAUAUACGAGGACGCAUGCAAGGAAGACAAGGAAUAUAAAGAAUCGGGUAGCAGGCUGAAGGAGAUAUUACAAAAUCUAAAGGACCAUAUCGAGCAACCGACAGGGCUUAUAAUAACAAAGAGUGUAAAGCGGAUUCGAGACGAAAUCAUAGAAGAAGCAAAGAGAGUAGCCAACAAACAGGCAAAUAAGACAGGAAGACGGCUGAUGGAUGUCAUGGAAGGAUCUGACGGAAUAAUGGAAUGCUACCGCUGUAUUGAUGGUCAUCUGCGGAGGAUCGCGCUCAACGCGAGUAUGGGUGCCCUGGAGGCCAUCCACAAACAUACAUUAGAGUCACAACUGAACAGAAUGUUACUCUAUACGUCCGCAAUAUACAACUCCGCCGAAUCCUUGGAUGUCCAAAGAGGAAGCUGUACUUCAGGAACCCGAGAAGCAGAACUCAACGAGCUGAUCGAAUGGGCAAGUGUCCCAGGAGCCGGAAAGAUAUGUUGGAUGAACGGAAUGGCCGGUACAGGAAAGACGACGAUUGCAUACACUGUGUGUAGCAGGCUUGACAAGUCUAAUCAACUGGGGGCCAGUUUCUUUUGUUCAAGAGUAAUUCCAGGAUGUCGUCAAGUCCAGCACAUCAUCCCAUCUAUUGCAUCCCAACUUGCCAGUUUCUCGCGUCCCUUCCAAUGCGCACUAGCCAAAGUCCUUGAAGAAGAUUGCGAUGCCCAUACUCGACCACUGAGCAUCCAGUACCAGAAGCUUAUUAUCGACCCAUUAAAGGCCGUGGAGAUAUCCCUUCCGAAGGAUCUUAUCGUGGUUAUUGACGCCCUGGACGAAUGCGAGAGUGUAACAGCCAUCGAGCAAAUACUGGAACUGCUCCUGUCGACCACUCACAGGCUUCCCAUCCGAUUUCUUCUAUCCAGCCGCCCGGAGCGAGAAAUUACAGAAAAAAUGACUGGACGACCGAACGGGCAGGACGAGGCUCGACUUGUAUUGCAUAACCUAGACUCAAACACCGUGAAGGCUGACAUCGGAACAUAUGCUAUCAUCGAUCGCUGCGGGGUGUCUUUUAUCUACGCGUCUACCGUCUGCCGUUACAUCAAAAACGCAUAUAAAAUACAAACGUUCAGCAAAGCGGUCAAGGUGGUCAUUGACUCAGGAUCUACUUCGAUGGGGAACGGAGACGAACGUACAAUCGACGAGCUUUAUAAGACUAUUCUGGAUAAUGUCUUCAAGGAGUCUGAACUGACUAAGGCGAACCGGCGAACAAUUAGGGCCAUACUUGAAAUGGUUGUGUGCAUAAGAGAGCCAAUGUCACUGGACGCUAUGGCAGGGCUGUUAAGGUUGGAUAGUGUUGAGGAGGUGGAUGCCCUAUUAGGUCCCCUUCGAUCGGUACUGAACGUAACAAAAAAGACCAGACUGGUAACCACUUUACAUGCUUCAUUUCCCGACUUCAUACUUUCGCAAGACCGGUCCAAUCACUAUUACUGCAACCUAAACACCUGGAACACAACGAUGGCAGAAGCGUGUUUAAAACUCAUUGAUGCUACCAAGCCAAGGUUCAACAUAUGUAGAUUACCUUCUUCAUUCUUGCUGGACAAGCAGGUCGACGACCUCGAUCAACGGGUCGCCCAAUCAAUCUCACCCGGCCUAGUAUAUGCAUGUCGCUACUGGACCGCCCACCUGAGUCUUGGCGAAGAAAGUGGUAGUCUUACUGAGCUGGUUGGGGGCUUCUUUGAAUCAAAGUUGCUAAUGUGGAUGGAAGUGAUGAAUCUGACAAAGAACAUGCGUUAUGCGACACCGAUCAUACAGAGCGUCGAGAAUUGGUGUAUCCAACGGAACGUACCUGAACACAUGACAAAGCUAGCACACGAUGCCUCCCAGUUCGUAUCGACCUAUGCCAACCAUCCCUUGUCCCAAAGCACUCCACACAUCUACGCUUCCAUGCUGCCAUUCUGGCCUCGAUCUCGGCCACUCUCGGCAGCAUACAUGCCAAGAAUAUCCGGACUUGUACAGCCGACAGGAACAGCGAUCGAUCGUCGACGACGGGCACCCAUAGCCACCUGGAAGGCCUCCACCUCAGGCGUGAUGUCAAUUGGUCUUUCAAGAGAUGGAAGACGACUUGCAGCACCUAGUGCAGACAGCAUCAAUCUGUACGAUACGACCACGGGCGAGAGUAUGCUCAACCUCACUGAAGAGCGCACAAAGAAUGUCUACUACGUUGCGAUAUCUCCCGAUGGCUCCAAGGUAGCCUUUUGUACUUCUGAUGGCGCCCCAUAUCUGUGGGAUACUGCCAAUGAAGGCACAGUCACAGAACUGCUUCCUGAUGGCAUGUCCGGCGGUCGAUCACUGGCAUUUUCUCCUGAUGGGUCUCAUGUCGCCUGCGGUCUGAGGAAGGGAGAGGUAUAUAUCUGCACAUUGGGGCAAGAGGUCAGCAGCCAUGGUCCACUCAGAGGUCAUACUACAUUUGUCACCUCAGUCAUGUUUUCUUCCGACGGUCUGUAUCUUGUAUCUGGAUCGAAAGACAAGAUUGUCCGAGUGUGGGAUGUGCAGGCAGGCCAACCGGUUUGUACACCCUUUGAGGGUCAUAUUGCUUCAGUCUGGUCAGUGUGCUACUGUCUUACUGACUCACGCGUUGCCUCGGGCUCGUCUGAUAAAACGAUCCGAGUGUGGGAUCCACAAACUGGGAAGACAGUGUUAGGACCACUCACAGGACAUUCUAACGGUGUAUCCUGCGUUGCGUUUUCGCACAAUGGCGCUUUGAUUGCCUCGGGAUCAUCCGACAGAACAAUCCGACUGCAUCAAUUCGAUCAUAUUUUCUCCCGAAAGCACUCACCUAUUUUCUUGCUCAGAAGACGGCACCGUACGGGUAUGGAAUAUACAGACCUCCACACUCCUGAUGCCGUUACGACUACCCCAUCUAUGCCCUUGCCUAUCUGCUCCAUCCGAUACUCUCAUAGCGGUACAAGGGUUGUAUCUGGCUUAAAAGAUGGGUCGAUACAUGUAUGGGAUGUGGCGACUAGUCAACUGGUGCUCGGACCACUGCAUGGCCAUGAUAGGGGUGUUUCAUCUAUCGACUACUCAGGCGAUGAUCGGUACAUUGCGUCUGGUUCAGGAACCACACUGAGAAUCUGGAAUGGACUGACGGGACAAGACAUGCACGGACCAAUGGAGGGGCAUGACGAUUUUGUGAACUGUGUGCGAUUCUCACCCGACAGCACGGUCGUCGUCUCAGGGUCGUAUGACUGCACUGUCCGAAUAUGGGAUGUGAACACCGGCCAACAAGUGGGGCAACUAUUCAACAGAGCUGGCCCGAUUCUGUCAGUUGGGAUCUCCUCUGAUGGCCAUCGGGUUGCCUGUGGCUCGAUCGAUGACAACAUAGCGAUACUUGACCGACAUAGCGGUACCACGCUCGUUGGCCCAAUCGACGCCCACAAGUCCUGUGUUUCUUCGGUGGAGUUCUCCCCGGAUGGGACGCACCUCGUCUCGGGGUCGUAUGACGAAUCAGUGAAAAUAUGGGAUGCGGAGACAGGGGAGCAGGUUAUUGCUUGCGGCGAGAGUGGUGGCGUUCAUAGUGCCUUGGUUUCCUCCGUGUCGUUCUCACCUAACGGUCUUUACGUUGCAUCUGGGUCUGACGAUCAUACUGUGCGCGUGUGGGACUCGCAGAACGGUAAACUUAUAUACGGUCCUCUCAAGGGACAUACCAGUGGCGUGGAGUGCAUCCAGUUCUCGCCCGAUGGCUCGCACCUCGUGUCAUGUUCGGAAGAUUGCACCAUCCGAUUCUGGGACUUAUCGUUCCUGGGGACACCUUUACAAGAGGAUACAUCUAUAGGAGCUAACAAUGCUGGAGUAGCUGCUUCCGCUUCUGACUCUCAUCUAUCCCAUCUUUCGUCUCUGGACGGUGAUGGCUGGGUGGUGGACUCACAUGGUCGGCGGCUGGUAUGGGUGCCAUCAGACCUCCGCACCUACCUGGCACUUCCGCCAACCUCCUCGAUUAUCGCUGAACAAGGGGGCUUCAUUCUAAACACGGACGGAUGGAAUAUAGGAGAUAGGUGGACGGAGUGUUAG